AAGUGGCUGGAUGCGCGGAGUAGCUCCCAGUAGUGCCCGUCCAUCCGUGUAACGUGUACAGUGUACAAUCGGAGAUUCAAACUUGCGGAUUUUUACGCUAAGAGAGCAGGAAAGCUCAACGAAGCAUUGGAGGUGGCCAGUAAUAUCGGUGUAGAUUAUCAAAAUUGGAAAACUGAACCAGACGAUCGCCGAACUCCCCAAAUUCCGUACACGGAUGAUCGCCGAACACCCCAACUCUCAUAUACAGAGGAUCGGCGAACUCCCCACAUACCAUACACAGACGAUCGGCGAACUCCCCACAUUCCAUACACGGACGAUCGCCGAACUCCACAACUAUCAUACACAGAAGAUCGGCGAACUCCCCACCCCCCGCCACUGAUCGCGUAUACAGAAGACAGAAGAACCCCUCACAAUUCUAUUUAUUCUGGACAACAGGUUGAUGAAAUGAUAACUAUGGAUAUGUCUAUGGGAGGGGGCGGAGGGAUUUGCCCCCCUGUUCCCCAGGAUUAUGAAUCAAGCGGGGACAAAAAAAAACGAGAAUGUCAUGGUGGAGUAAACCAACUUGGUGGUGUGUUUGUCAAUGGUCGACCUCUACCUGAUGUUGUUCGACAGAGGAUUGUCGAGUUAGCCCACCAAGGAGUUCGACCCUGUGAUAUUAGCCGACAGCUCAGAGUCUCACAUGGCUGUGUUUCUAAAAUACUCUCUAGAUAUUAUGAAACUGGUAAUUUCAAAGCCGGGGUUAUCGGAGGAAGCAAACCAAAAGUUGCCACCCCUCAUGUGGUUGACGCGAUCAGCAAGUACAAGAAGGAGAACCCAACGAUGUUCGCCUGGGAGAUCAGGGAUCGGUUGCUGGCGGAGGGAGUCUGCAACCAGGAGAGCGUCCCUAGCGUGUCCAGCAUCAACCGCAUCGUGAGAAACAAAGCGGCGGAGAAGGCAAAGGCUGGAGGCUACGGUUGUAUCAGUCCUGGUCCCUCUCCCCUCCAUCCUGGUAUACAUGACUCCCAGGGCAACCUGAGACACCCAACCUACUCCAUCAACGGUAUUCUAGGAAUCCAUCAAGCAGAUGCUAAUGAUAAUCUAAUGAAGAGGAAACGGGACGACGAAGGUGGUGGAUUGGCUCCUCUUGGUUCGAUCGCUAUGCAGGAGUUUAAACCUUCCAUGUUCUCUCCAAUUUUAGGAGAUUCAUCCUUUAACUCAGGCGGAGUAAUUACAAGUACAACAGAGUACUACACCACCUCUUCACCUUACACCCAGUACCAGAACUACAACUACAACUACGGUCACCCAUCCCCAAACGGGCUUCUCACAAAAUAAUCUUAACCGGUUUAAAUCUAAUUUCUGUUUUUAUUUCUUCUCAUUUAUAUAGUUUACCAAAGUUUCUUACUCAAGAGCUUAUAUAUAUGUACUCUCUGAGAUUAAAUCAUAUUCUCAUUUUAUUUUAAAUCUUAUUUUGAUUCAGCAUAUUUGUUAUGAACUAAAUGAAAAAUGUACCUACCUAGCUAAAUCUGUACUUCCAAUUGAUAUUUCUCAUAUAGCCUUGAUACUCAAAACAGUUUUUUAUCGAUUCUUUUUUGGGAAAUAUUUUGUUUUAUUCCUCAAAAUUUGUUAUAUAUAAAAUGUAUAUUAAAAUGUGUAUAAAAAAAGUUAUGUAUUCCUAGAAUCCAAUUUUAGGGAUUUUUGUUGUAAAAAAGGUUGAUAUUAACCUUUCUAUAAUGCAGCUGCAAACCAAAGACAUGAAAUCGCACCAAAAAAGCACCAAAUUGUAGUCAGCACCUUUGCACCCAACAUCCUUUAUUGUUCUGAUUACACGAAAAGUUUUCGUCUUAAACGAAGAGUUUUCGUCGGUUAAUUAGUUAACAAAAGGAUGUUAAUGAUCCUGUAUCAGAAGCUUAAAAACUAGAUGAAUCUAAGUCAGAUUUUGUACAUAUCCCUUAAACCAUUUUUGUAUAUUUUAUUAUUCAUAAACAUUUUAGUUUUCAUUUAUGGAGAUUCUCUGGCCGGAAAUAGCAAUUUCAAUUGGUUCAAACGAGUUAAACUCAUUCUACAAGAUUAAUUAAUUAAAGUAAGUUAUGUCUGUUCAACCAAGGUACUAAUGCAAGGAAAGUUAUUUCAGAGGUGUACGCAUUUUUUUGUACUGCAACGUACUGUCUUUUGGCGGAAAAGUAAACCCAAGAUGGAUGUCACAGCCUGACAUGGAAUCCAUUUUCACAAAAAUAAUCUAUGAAAUAUUCUGGUCAUAAGAAACUAUUA